CCUCCGCUCGCGCAGCGACUGCAGGGGAGCCAGAUGCCCGAGUGCGCGCCGCUGCCUGUGGAUCCCCGUCCCGAACACCAGCGCAGGCGAGAGCCGCACACGCUGACGCCAGAGCUGGAGAAGAGAAGGGCGGCAAAAUACGGAGUAAAAUCUGCUGUUCUGAUGUCUUUUUCCACCCCCUCGCGCUCGCUGUCUCCGCGUUAACCGCUACUUCAGAUGAAGAGCUUCUCUGGACUUGGAGUGCCGGGCAUCCUCAGAAAAAGAAAAAGCCCCCGUCAUCCCGCUCCGCUUCAGCCGCUGCUGCAGCACUGGUGCUCAGUCUGAGAGGAAUAUUCAGCCUAUACAUCUGCGCUUCAAACCAUGGAGAUUAUAUGACGUGGAUUUGUUGUUUUUCUUCUUUGCAAAACUGGACAUCCACAACCUUCUUUCUUUUUUCCUUAUCUAAUUUUUGUUUCAUUUUGUUGGAUUUUAUUCUUCAGUUCUGAUUUUUUUUUUCUAAUCUGUGCUACUUUAUGAUUUCAUGUCUCUCGCUUGUCCUUCUUUUUUAACGUAAUACUUUUAUUUGUUUUGGCGCUUUUUGAAUCGUGGGACUCGCAGAAGUAUAGGAUGCCUCACGCAGAACAUUUAUGGGGAGAAGCUUCCGCGCAGCAGCGAGUGGGAACGAAUGAUAGUCUCCUUCUCCAUCUGUGACGUGCCAUGGACGGGAAACUUAAUUUGUACCCACGGAACCGGUCGGGGAAUAGCCGUCGUCUCAAGUAACUACUGCUGACAGCGAACAGGCAACUCUGAUGGCGAGCAUUCAUCAACGCACACACAGCAGGGGGGAGAAAUCACAGUACAGAAAGUGAUGGUGGACGAAUGUCAUAGGAUGAACACUGCUGGUGGGGUGUGUCUGUCUGUGCUGUCCUCCCUCCUGGCUGUGGCUGGGGUCCUGGCUGCUGUGUCUGACCUCACUCUAGCUCCCCUCUCUGCCCUAGCCGAGGCUGCCCAUGGGGCUGUCGACAGCACCCCCCGCACCAGGGCAGAGGGGGCCCCCUCGCCCCUGUCCUCGCCAUGCUCCAGCCUUGUGGUAGGCGUCCUGUACGGCUCUUUCUCCCUAAGGGAGCUCUUUCCCUCCAGGGCACCUGGCUGUUCCUGGUCCCUGGAAAAUCCAGAUCCCACCAAAUACUCCCUCUACCUUCGCUACAACCGUCACCCUGUCAUCUGCCAGACACACUCCCCCAUGCUGCUUUCCCUCGACCACCACCUGGUCAAUCAAAGCUGCCCCCUUCAUCUACAGACGGAAACAGCCAGGGAUCAGGAAGUCAUUGAUCUCUGCGGCAGCCACUCUCACUCGGACAGACCUUACUCCUUUCUACAAUUUGAUAAGAACUUUGUCCAGCUGUGUCUAACAAGACAUCCAGCUGCAGAUGAGCCUCAGGUGCCUAAGGAAUUGCUGGAGCAGAGACUGGUGGAGGUGUUGCUCAUCAACAAUGAGAACUCCAGUCAGUUCACCUGCGGAGUCCUCUGCCGAUGGUUUGAGGAGUGUUUGCGCACAGAUCACAACGGUGACCGGGAGGUUUCCGAGAGCGACGGCUGCGGAAUGACUCAGACCGGCUGCAUUUGUCCAAAUCACAACAUUAUGGCACCACCUGUUCCGUUACUCCCGGAGACACCGCACAGUUUCAGCAACGGUUCACUGGUUCCCGAAGACUGCUGCGUCACUGAACUGCACGCCAACGAUGCAAUCGCCAUAGCACCUCGAGAUGUCCGACAAGACCCGUACGAUGAUGACCUGAAGGUGAAGACCCAAAGACCACGAUCAGCUGAUCAGCCAGGUGUGUUUCAGGCACAAACAGGCGAUCCUGCAGCGGAGGAGUGGUCGCAGUGGAGUAUGUGCUCUCUCACGUGCGGGCAAGGUUGGCAAGUGAGGACGCGGUCGUGCGUCUCCUCUCCCCACGGGACGCUGUGCAGCGGUGCCUUGCGGGAAACGCGCAUGUGCAACAACACGUCCUCCUGUCCAGGUGAACCUGGAAUCAUAAGUUCAGUGCAUGGUCAGUGGGAGGAGUGGUCGUCAUGGAGUCUGUGCUCUGUGACCUGUGGGCGGGGCUCCAGGACACGGACCAGGAAGUGCAUGGAUGGCGGCAGGGCCGUGGCUUGUGGACGGCCCGAGAGCCAGACCAAACUCUGCAACAUAGCGGUGUGUCCUGUGGAGGGCCAGUGGUCGGAGUGGGGCCCCUGGUUGAGAUGCAGCGUAACUUGCAACGUGGGCACGCAGCAGAGGCAGAGACGCUGCGGCGCGUCGGUGCACGGCUGGGCGGAGUGCAAGGGUCCCCAUCAGGAGAGCAAAAAAUGCACGAACCCUUCAUGCAGCGGUGGAGGUAACUGGGGCAGCUGGAACCACUGGACUCUUUGCAGCAAGACGUGUGACUCUGGAUGGCAGCGCCGCUUCAGGAUGUGUGAGGGCACAGGAGAACAAGGUUAUCCCUGCGAAGGCUCCGGAGAGGAGAUCCGGCCCUGUAACGAAAAGAAGUGCCCCGCUCCACAUGAGAUAUGCAAAGAUGAGAACCUCCUCUCAAUGUCAUGGAAAAGAGCCUCAGCUGGAGAAACCGUCUACAAUAAGUGUCCAACAAAUGCCACUGGAUCUGCUAGUCGUCGUUGUAUGCUGGACAAUAAUGGAGUUGCUUUCUGGGGUCCUCCGAGCUUCGCCAGAUGCGUCUCACUUGAAUAUAGAUAUUUACAUUUAUCUUUACGGGAGCAUCUCGCGAAGGGUCAGAGGACCCUGGCUGGGGAGGGCAUGUCUCAGAUCGUACGGAGUCUCCUGGAACUCUUGCAGAGGAGGAGCUACUACAGUGGCGACCUUCUCUUCUCCACGGAGAUCCUGCGAAAUGUGACGGACACCUUCAAAAGAGCAACCUACAUCCCAGCUCCCGACGACGUGCAGAAAUUUUUCCAGAUUGUCAGUCACAUGUUGGACUUGGAAAACCUUGAGAGAUGGGAGGACGCUCACCAGGUGGCUCCCGGUGCUGCUUUGCUAAUGAGGAUAUUAGAAGAUUUCAUCCACCUCAUUGGAGAAGCCCAGAAGCCUUUUCAGAGUUUCCUAGUGGUGACGAACAACAUCAUGAUAACCAUCCAGAGAGAGCCGGUGUCAGCAGUUUCCAGUGAUAUCAACUUCCCCAUGAAAGGCCGGAGGGGAAUGAAGGACUGGGCCCGGACGGCAGAGGAUAAGCUCUACAUCCCUAAAGAAGUCUUCACCAUCCCGACUGAGGAGUCUGAAACAGACACAGAAUCCACGAUGUACUACGUCAUUGGAGCCGUUCUGUACAGGACAUUGGGUGUCAUCUUACCUGCACCAAAACCCCCUGCUAUGAUCAACUCGAAGAUCCUGACGGUCACGGUGCGCCCGGAACCGCAGCCCAGCGAGCCCAUGGUGGUGGUGGAGCUGUCACCCGUGGUCAACGGCACAUCGGAUCCUCAGUGCGUAGUCUGGGACUAUGGCAACCCGGAGGCUGGCGCAGAAAACUGGGGCACAGAAGGCUGCCAAACGCUUGCGUCAAGCACUGUCCACACCAAAUGCCUGUGCAGCAGGAUAUCCACCUACGCCGUGUUAGCGCAGCAACCUAAAGACCCGGACAUGGGUCCCACCAGCAUGCCCUCUGUGCCCCUCAUGGUUGGGUGUGGAGUCUCCUGCACCGCUCUCAUCAUCCUGCUGCUAAUCUACGCUGCCUUCUGGAGAUAUAUCCGAUCGGAGAGAUCCAUCAUCUUGGUGAAUUUUUGUCUCUCCAUCCUGGCCUCCAACUUACUGAUUCUGGUUGGACAGUCUCAAACAAUCAGCAAGGGUCUCUGUACUGUGACUGCCGCCUUUCUGCAUUUCUUCUUCUUGGCGUCCUUCUGCUGGGUGCUGACUGAGGCGUGGCAGUCCUACCUGGCCGUCAUUGGCAAAACCCGGUCACGACUCAUCCGCAAGCGUUUCCUGUGCCUGGGCUGGGGUCUUCCAGCCCUCGUUGUUGCAGUGUCUGUGGGAUUCACCAGAGCAAGAGGCUACGGCACAGCCAGCUACUGCUGGUUAUCUUUGGAGGGCGGCCUGCUUUAUGCCUUCGUUGGCCCUGCCGCUGUCAUCGUAUUGGUGAACAUGCUCAUCGGAAUCGUGGUGUUCAACAAGCUCAUGUCUCGAGACGGCAUCUCGGACAAGUCCAAAAAGCAGCGCGCAGGUGUCCCGGCGGAGGCGCGUAGCCGACUGCUCCUGAAAUGCUCCAAGUGUGGCGUGAUCUCGAGCACAGCUCUGUCCUCCUCGACAGCCAGCAGCGCCAUGGCGUCUCUGUGGAGCUCCUGUGUGGUUCUUCCUCUUUUAGCACUGACCUGGAUGUCGGCGGUGCUGGCCAUAACCGACCGGCGCUCCACGCUCUUCCAGGUCCUUUUUGCCGUCUUUGACUCUGUCCAGGGGUUCGUCAUCAUCACGGUCCACUGCGCCAUGCGCCGCGAGGUGCAAGAUGCGGUGCGCUGUCGAAUGGGAGGAUGCAAAGACGACAGCGAGAACUCUCCAGACUCCUGCAAGAACGGACAGGUGCAGAUCAUGAAGUGUGCGAGCCCUGGCGUCUGUGGACAGCAGCAAGGCUCUCGUCACAGCACGCCCAUGUGCCUGUCUGGCUGCCACACACAACCCUUCCCACCACUGUGCCACCAGACAUGCCAGCAGGCCUGUCACCACAGUCUGCCCCGCGAGCGCACCUACGGGCUAGACCACAUCCACGCACACGAGCAUACCCCCAUCCUCAACAACACCCACAACCAUGCCCAUAAUCACAUCAGCAGCCGAUCCACGGAUUUUGAGAAGGACGUGGACUUGGCUUGUCAAACAGAGAGAGGACACCCAUUCAUUUUCAAAGACACCUGUAACCCAGCCACCAUCACUGGGACCCUGUCUCGAAUCUCCCUGGAUGAUGAGGAUGAUCCUAAGCUUGCAGCCCAUCAGGAGGGAGGAGUGGGGGUCAACUUCAGCUCCCUCCCUGGAAACAUCCCACCUCCAAACCUCAUUGUGCAGGUUCCCACCUUAGGAGGACUCAACGAGCUGGGCGACACGCCCCUGAAGAAGGAGAUGAACAUGGACCAGCAGAGGCAGCAGGGGCAGCAGCGUAACACUGCUCCCAUCUACUUGUGCACGGAGAGUGGCCUGGGCUGGGCGCGACCGCCCGCAUCUUCCAACAACUCCCAGGAUGGAAGCGCAGGGAGCGGAGGAAGUGGUGGAGGAGGGGAGGGAGACUACAUGGUCUUACCUCGUAGGACAGUAAGUCUCAAACCUCCAGCAACCUCCACGCAAGGAGGAAGUCUGGGACUAGGAGGCGAGGAAAAGCCUCUCAACCUUACAGUGGAGGACCCCCCCUUUCCCCCGCCUCCCUCUCCUCUGACCCUCCACCCGGCCGAGAGCGAAGCCUACCCGGCAGAUUUUGUGCCCUCCAGCGUGGGUGACAUGAACCUCACGAUGAACCUCAACCGUUCCUAUGGGACAAUCAAAACCAUACCCCAUGGGCAUGGCCACUUAAUGGCUCAAGGUGGCCUCGUGCACUCUCACGGAGGACACAUGCACUCCCAUGGGCAUUCUCUCCACCUAAAGCCGGGCCAGAGGCCGUCAGUCAGACAGAUCCUAACAGGUGGAAGUACCGUGGAGAGGACCAGGACCCUGCCACGCAACCUGGGCAGCACCAAUGCCAACACCAAUGUCUCAGUGGGAUCACUGGAGAGGAAAAGAGUACGGUACUCUGAGCUGGACUUCGAGAAAGUGAUGCACACUCGCAAAAGACAUUCUGAGCUGUACCAUGAGCUCAACCACUCGUCCAAGUUCCACACCAUAGACAGGUAUAACAGGGACCCAGCCAUGUCCACAUUCAAGAGGGAAAAGAGAUGGAGCAUUUCGUCUGCCGGAGGUGAAAAGAACUCGUUGAGUGAAAAGUGCGCCCCAGAAGACCAGAGCUCCUGGGACGCCUUCAAGACCAUGACCCCUGAGCUGUCCAUCGUGCCCGGGGAGCAGAAGGACCGGCUGGAACUACACAACAAGAACUGGGACUCGUCCUCAGCUAACACACCUGAGUCAUCCGAGGGAGAUUUCCAGACUGAAGUGUAAAGACGUACACGCGCUCCCUUGAAACACAUACAAGCUCAUGUUGAGAUGCAGAUGCACACAGAGAUACUGGACUCCUGAAACGCUAUACAAAGGAUUUUUUUUUUUUUCCCCGCAAGGAUCUCACACACUCUUCUCCCCGUCUCCUGCGAUGUGCUCUGUUGGAUCCUAUACUGUAUUUGUUUACUGCUGCAGAGGACAGACAUGAAAGGGAGACUGUUCUACUAUAUUUUCGCAAGGACUAUUGAAAAGAAAGAACAGCAGCUGGACAUGUCUGUGACUUGAGAGAAUUUUUAAAUGAACUUUAAGAGAGAAAAAAAAAAGCUAUGAAAAACUUAUUUCUGAGCAAAAUGUCUUGAUUUUAUUCUGGAGAAGAAAAAAAAAGAAAAUGUCUUUCAAUUGUUUGACUUUGGGAGGGGGGAUGUUGCAGGGGUGGGAGAGAAAAAUAAAAAGUAUUUCUGCACCGUUCAGUUCUUUUUAUAGCAAAAGGGGGAAAAGAUCUUUGUGAGGUUCCUCACACUCGCCCCAAGGCAACCUGCUUUCAUUUAUUUCUUUUUCCCCGCUAAUGGAUGACAAAAGCAUUCAGUCGCUCAGUCUUUCUUCUAUAUUUUCUUUCUUUUCGUUGUGUGAAUGAAUAACAAGUGUGGGGGGGGGGGGAGCAGAGCUGCUCACUGAUAUGUGCCAUCCUCUUUCCCUCGUCCUCAAGUUCCAGUUCAGUUAAACCCAUCCAUUCCUCUAAAUCUUCUGUGUUAACAUUGCAAUCUUUCAUUUUUUGGAUGACCAGCGCUUCAGUUAAGAGAGACAUUCUCUUUUUUCGGUUUGAAACUUUUUAAAAAGAAAAAAUAUUGAAGCUCAAAGUAGCAGCGACCAACUGAAGCGUGUUCCCUGCUCUAAUUGUCCGGGAAGAGCAUUUAUUUCCAGGCUGGUUUUGAUUUGUGCUCCUGAUGCCCAUUUUACAUUACUUUUAUUUCUGAAGACAAGAGAAAGAAAAAGAGAGGGGGGAAAAUGCAUAAAAAAAAUAAGAACACUUCUUACAAAGGCAGCACAUAAAAGUGGAGGAAAUGUGGGGGGGAGAAAAGCCAGAUGGUGAUUGGCAAGAAGAUUCUAUCAUCUCCUACGUUCUUACUCCAGUGCUUAGCAGAUAAACGUGUUUAAAUGAGUCUGAAUCCAUUUCAGCUGUCACCGGUCACAGUGAUGCCACAGAGGAGGACGUCUCAGUAAUUUCUGAGUAAAUGGAAUCCAUGUGGGUUCAUCUGUCACUCCUGAAAAAUGUGUUGGAUUGAUUUAACUAUCGAUCAGUUUAGCAGCUUACGCUUUCUUUCCUCCUUACUAGGGAGAUGAAUUCACCGGGUGAUCAUUUAAAAAAAAAAAAGAAAGAAAGAAACUGAGCCCAAAAGCUUCAUUAUUAAACCAAAAGUUAGGGUGCAACAAAUAUGCCCUGUUUGGUCAUCGUCUAUCACCUCUCUGUCUCUCAUUCUGCCUACCCAGCGGUGAGUUCACAAGCAUGAAAUUUUAAUGCCAGGAGCGAAGCCAGAUUUAUAAUUCCUUGUUGGUAUUGAUCCUUCUCAGUGUGAUUGUAUCAUACGCCUGUGAGUACACCAGCUGUUGAGAGAGCAUGAAAUAGAAAGUUGGAGGCAGAGGUUAGGAGGCUAUGAGGUGUCAGACUGAGGGGGACCUGACGGUGACGGUUCCUGCUUGACACCCAGCAUCCCUGUGGCGACUGCUACCAGUGAACAGUCACUUUCCUGCUGUUACGACCCUGGCGCAUCAGCCAUCCGCUCAAAUGGAGAGAAACUGUCAGAGUGCAGGAUAAAUUAAAAGCUCGAUAACUCCUCUGACUUUGUUCAGUGUAACAGCCAGGAGAAGCAGAUAAGAGAUGAAGAAUAGAGUUGGUGAGAAACCACUGAAAUGAGAAGACGAUAAGUUCCAAGAAUACACAUACAAGAGAAAAAACAAAACAAGGCAGAGUGAAAUGCAAAAGAAGUGCAGUUCUCAAAACAGCAAUUAUCCAGGGAUGGCGAUUUGUCCUGACAUUUUCCAGUGCAGCCCUCAAACCAUCUGUUUAAGGAUCCCUAAUGUGGUAGUAGAGCAGCCCAGCGCAGAUGGUGAGACAAGAGAGUCGCCCUUGUACCCUUUCAAGCUAAUCAGCUGAUAGGCACACCUACAAUUUGCCCUCUUUCCGACGAGCGAGAUUGGUUUGAUCCCGAGUUGCUGGCGAAAGGUCACAUUCACCUGACCUUCCGUGAGGCUCCGGAUCCAGAUCCUCUGAAAAAAGCCGCCGCCUGACAGCCAUAGAUGCCAUGGAUCUACAUGUUGCAUUGCAGUAUUUUUCUGUUACUUACAUCUAUAAAACAUUCGGCUGGGAAAACAAAGUCCUGUUCCCAUGGUAACCAACAAAUGGAUAUGCAGAAAGAGAGAAUUAUUCACAUUCAGUUUGAGCACUCUGACAUUUUGUUCCAUAAACUAGUGAACCGUUACAAGCUCGGUGAUGAAUGGAUUUUAAGUUAUCAUCUUGCUGAACAGUGGGGAGGCUGCUUGACUGAUUGAUACAUUUUUCCUGCAUCGUCUCAUUUACAGAUUGCUUUUCUAUGAUUAAUUGUGCUGUGAUGCUAAUUCUAACACAAGUGGAUUUCUGGCCGUGUGGCCAGUGUAUGUUAGUUUGUCAAAUUGUUUUACUUUCAGUGUUUAAAAGCUUGCAAAACUCAACAGCCCAUAAGGAAAUGUGACAUGUGAGAAGGUGCAUUUGAAACUGAACUCAAAGAAACCUUCUGUGGUCACCUUCACCCUCCACCCGUCAGCCUUUGAUGCUUAAGUGUUAACCAGCUUCUACAACCAUCCAACAUUCCAGUUGAUUUAUUACUGAAAAACCCAACCUUUCUCCUUCAUUUUUGUUCUUUUUAUACAUAAGAUUGUACAAAGUAGUCCUCUAAUGUUUUCAUAGUGUCUUUUUUAUAUGAAAAUAAAUUUUCAAACUGAUCUCUGUGUCACAUAUGUGCUGCAUGAAGGGCAUCUGUUGAGGA